GUCAAACUGUGGACGGCGAAUCAAAUCCUAUCCUAUCCUAUCCUAACAGUAAUUGAUAGCGGCGCCAAAGGUCGGCGGAUAAGAAAAUAGUAUAGACUUCCGAGCACGUGUAGUAGAUACUGUGUAGUAGAUACAUUUCCAUAAAAUAGGGGUUUACAGUGGGGUCAACAGCUGACAAAGACUUCACCUCACCGCACUGACAACCACAAAGCAACGCUUAUGUGACGGCCUCUGGGAACAUUUCAAAGAGUAUCCGCGUGGUUGUGAUCUUUUUCUGUGAUUGCUUGAAAGACAUCAUUUUCAUAAUUUCCAUCUUCACAUCAUCGAAGAGCUAUGCAUAGAUGUAGAAAAGCUAUGCAUAGAUGUAGAAGAAGAGCUAUGCAUAGAUGUAGAAGAGUUGCUGCGUGUAGCCCUUCCAACAACAUAAUAGAUUAUUAAAGAUUUUCCAACAAAAUGCCCGUACCUUCAUCAUCUGCCGGUCCAUCAGGCAAUAAUGCCGCAGCUUCGACUGGCGAAGCAAGUUCUUCCUCACCUGGCAGGAAAGUCGCGAAUUAUCAAAACGCUGCUAUAGUUAAGCUUAGUACCACGAAUUCUUCGAUUUCUACUGUGCUCUUGUUCUAGAAAAAAUGUUGAAUUGCUCAACAGGUGGCCCUGCAUAUUAAGUUUCUAGCUUUCAUCAGAAACCGCUGAACUUCUUCAGGCUCCUAAACAUGAUGUUGAAUUUCAUCUAGUUUGUCCGUCGUAGUACUUCUAACACAAAAGCGCAGAGGUAUAUGCAGAGCACAGGGAUGGAGAGGUUCCUGAACACACUUGUCAACGGCUGUAUCCAGCAACGAUGCAACGACCCCUAUGUCUUUUUCCUCAGGAAAUUGACGCAAAACUUGUCCGAUACGGAAUUACAGAAUCUUGGAUUGGAGAGGGUAAUACUUUUACUUUUACUUACAACUUAGUACCAACUUUAUUUUGUCGUUUGUUGUUUUUGUACAGCUUGUUGCAGUUCUAUGAUCUUCCUAAAACUUAUAGCUACUAUAGCAUUAUUUGCACAAAAUUUCAAAUACACUCACUCACAGACUGCGAAAGAGCGGCAGCUGCGCAUGGAUGAAGGAAGACGGUCUUCAGUAACCUGAUUACGGGAUGGAACAAGACAAACUAUCUACAUCUAGCUAGAAGAAGAUUUUGCUGUUGGGACCAUGAAAUGAUGGUGAUACUUUUCAAGAAAAAGCUGCUGCAACAGGCAUGACUUUGGGCAGCGUGUGGUGUAUUAGGAUGAAAGCUUCCUUGCUUUCGAAGUUUUCCAAAGAC